GUUUGCUGGUGCCCUGAGAUCUCCAGGUCUGUCCGUUCAGGGCACUGGGUGGGAGUAUUGAGAGUGACGUUUGUGGAGCCAGCUAACUUGAUUCAAGUUCUCUUGGCAUAUACUUCACUAGUGUCCUAUCUACGCAAGCUUCUGUCAUGGGAAGUGGCUAUUACAGCAUGUUGGCAGCAGUGGUGCUAGUUAUGAAUUUGGAAAGGAUGCAAUCACUGCAGGAUUUCUGUGGUAACUGUCCCGCUGGUACUUUCUGUGGGAAAAACAAGAAUCAGACUUGCAUUCUCUGUCCUCCAAACAGCUUCUCCAGCACAGGUGGACAAAGGACCUGUGAUAUAUGCAGACAAUGUAAAGGUGUUUUCAGGACCAAGAAGCCGUGCUCCCCCAUCAGCAAUGCAGAGUGUGUCUGCAUCUCCGGGUUCCACUGCCUGGGGGAAGGGUGCACCAUGUGUAAGAAAGAUUGUACACAAGGUCAAGAACUAACAAAAGAGGGUUGUAAAGACUGUUGCUUUGGGACAUUUAACGAUCAGAAAAAUGGCAUCUGUCGACCCUGGACAAACUGUUCUUCGAAUGGGAAGUCUGUGCUCGUGAAUGGGACGAAAGAAAGGGAUAUGGUCUGUGGACCGACUUUGGCCAACUUCUCCCCAGGACCCUCCUCCACCACCACGCCUGCCCCCACCAGAGAGCCAGGACACGCUCCGCAGGUCCUCACCAGCUUCUUGGCGCUGACGUCGGUGGCGCUGCUGCUCCUGGUCUUGGUCCUGAUCCUCCGCGUCUCUGUUGUCAAACGAGGCAGAAAGAAACUCCUGUAUAUAGUCAAGCAACCAUUUAUGAAACCAGUUCAAACUGCACAAGAAGAAGAUGCCUGUAGCUGCCGGUUUCCAGAAGAAGAAGAAGGGGGGUGUGACCCAUGAGAUGGAAGCACAAGGGCUGUUGGACUCUCGGAGAAAUUUCAGCAAUUCCCCCAUCAUGUUUUCCAAAACCCAAAACGCCAUCCUCAAUAACACCCAGCAUUCCCCCCGACAAGUUUUUUUUUCUAAAUGCUAGUAAGUUGGCCUUUAAAAAUGCACCACUAUUUUAACAGAACAGACACGUAGGGACAGAGCGGUGGUAAAGGGUAUUUUCUAGAUACCAUUUCACAGGCUGCAGGCUGAGGCUAGCCUUUAGAAAUCCAAAGAAAAAUAUAGUUUAAAUUUAAUCACAUAGGCCAACAACCCAGCUACAAUCAUAAUCCAAAUCAAUGCAGGUUUGUGUGCAAAUAUGACAUAUGGCAAUUAGCCGUAAGAUGCAGUAAGUAGCCCCAACCAAACUUUCCAUCGGGCCUAUCAUUUAGACGUGGUUGGGGGAGAGGGGUCAGAGUGCCUGAGUUUGGCGUCAGACCUUGAUGAAGCGUUUCAGAAAGAGUUCACAUGUCUUCCUGUAUUCCAUGGCCCUUCCAUCCUCACACCUCCUGCCUUUGUCUUGCUCCGCUCUGAACCAGGUUACUUUUGUUUUGUUUUAUUCUUAACUUUUUACAUAAUAUUUGACACACAAACUAAUGAAUGAAAGGUAUGAAGCACAGUGAGACAAUGAACACCCAUGAACUCAUAGCCCAGCUGGAGUGCUGGGACAGGGCCCACCAAACUCCCAUGGCCAAAUCUGGAACCAUUUGCCUGUUUUGUUGUUGUUGUUGUUUGUUUGUUUUUGAAGAGCUGGGUCUUGCUCUGUCACCUGGGCUGGAGCACACUGGCUAUUCAUAGGUAUGAUCUUAGUGCACUACAGCCUGGAACUCCUGGCCUCAAGUGAUCCUCUGGGACUACAGGUGCGAGUCAUUGGGCAUGGCUGCCUUUAUAGCUUAUAAUUAAAAAAAUAAUUUAUCAUAUAAUCAUGUACCUUAAAAUGAUGUAAUUUAGUUUUGUUUGUUUUUGAGCUUUAUGAAAAUGGUCUUGUGCUGUAUGUGAAACUUCUGUGAUUUGCUUGAAUCAGUCAAAAUUAUAUGAUUUUUAUGAGACUUGUUUAUGUCAAGUGUAGCUUUAGUGUAUUUAUUUUUACUGACUAAUUUUGCAAACAUGCCAUUAUUUAUCAAUCCAUUCUCUACUAAGGGAGAUUGGGUUGUUUUUAGGUGCGUUACAAUCAUGAACAAUGUUGCUAUGAUUUUUUAAAAAUAUAUUUCUUGUGCAAGAGUGCUGCCGGGGCAAGUUUCUGAAAGUAAUAAUUGCUGGAUCUUAUGGCACAGGAAUGCUCAGCUUUAUAAGCUGGUGCCCUACCAACACAUGCUAAGUUAUGCAGAAAUAGCAAAUGACUCCCUAAUUUUUAAUGGAUUAUAACAAAACAACAAAGGUCCAUUUAUUAUAAUCAUGACAGGCCAGUUGCAGGCUGGCUGGGGCUCUGCUCCACAUAAUUUCACUCUGGAAUUUAGGUGGAUGGGGAGAUUCUAUUUGGAACAUUGGCCAUCUCAUGGCAGAGAUAUCUGUCACUUCUUUUCAUAUUUAGCUAGAUUGACUCGAACCUUUAGAAUGAGUCGUGAAGCAAGCCAAGUAUUAAUAGGGCACAAAAGUAUAUAAUGUUCACACAGGGAGGGACAGAAAUAUUUCUGAAUAGGAUCUACCUCAGUGCCAAAUUGCUCUUUAAAAUGGUUGUCCCAAUGUAGGCUCCCGUGAGUCAUGUAAGUUUCCUGGGUGUCUCAUAAGGUAUUCCAUCGAUCCAAUCCUUGCUACUUUCUGGUAUUGCCAGAUUCCUUUAAUUUUGCCAGGCUGGUGGGUAUAAAAUGGGAGCUUGCUGUGGUCUUAUUUUGCAUUUCUUGGUUACAAAUAACUAUUUUCUCACAUGUUUAUAUAUAAUGUGUGUUUUCCUUUUUGUCCAAUGCUUGCUUGUACCUUUUUGCCCAUUUAAAAACAAUUAGUUGUCUUUCUUAUUGAUUCCAAGAACAUCUUUAUAUAUUCUGGAUCAUCAUCUUUGAUCAGUUACAUGUGUUAUAACUACCGCCUUUUGCAGGAGACACCUGAAAAGAAACACCUUGGUCACAAGGGAAUGGGGAAGGGAUUAGUCUCUCGUUGAAAAGCACGAGAGCAGGUACAUCAUUGCUUGGCAAGCUCCACACCAGUGGUGUAAAUAGCCACAGGAUCACUCUAGAAAUAGCCACAGGCAAAGUUAGUCAGACUCCUCCUAAGACUGACUGCUGCACCUUUGAGGCACUCCGGCAUCUCUGACCUGACUGAGACAACGGGCUCCCCGGCACUGAUGGGGAAUCAUACCCAGAGAGAGCUUGUACAGCAGUCCACAUCCUGGCAGUUUCAUGGCUGGGGCCGGUGGCCUAGCGUCCCAGCUCGGACAAAUGGCAAUGAGGAUGGGAAAGUGGGCAAGGACCGAAGGGAAAACAAGCUUUUAGCAAACAAAAGAAAGAGAGGAGAAGUAUAUAAGAAUAUUCGGGAAUGAGAAGAGCCUUUAGCAAGAAGAAAUAUAUAAGAAAAGAUUCGGGAGAGAAUGGGCGGAGGGAGGGUGAUUGGUGGGACUACACCUGUGGUGCAUCUUCCAAGGGUACACGUGAAACUUAGUAAACGUAGAAUAUAAAUGUCUUAACACAAUAACUAAGAAAAUGCCAGGAAGGCUAUGUUAACCAGUGUGAUGAAAAUGUGUCAAAUGGUCUAUAAAACCAGUGUAUGGUGCCCCAUGAUCGCAUUAAUGUACACGGCUAUGAUUUAAUAAUAAAAACAAAAAGAAAGAAAAAAAGAUUCGGGAAUAAGUAGAACCUUUAGCAAACAAGAGCCUUUAGCAAACAAAGAGGGGAGAAAUAUAUAAGAAUUGGGAAUGAGCACAGCCGUUAGCAAACAAAAGAAAAAGAGAAGAAAUACAUAAGAAAGAUAAGAACUCAGGAAUAAGAACCUUUAGCAAACAAAAGAGAGGAGAAAUAUAUAAGAAAAGGGACAGAGGAUGAGCCUGGGGGUGAGAGAAGCCUUUGGCAGAUAAAAACAGCAAGGGAAAGAAGAAAUAUAUAAAAAGUAAAAAGAUAAGAUACAAGAAGUUUGGGAAACAAAGGGAAAAGAGAUAAGAAAUAAAAAGAAACAGGAGGGAUGCUGCUUUGAGUAAUGCGGGGCCUCCAACAAAUUCGUAAACAAAGGGAAAAUCCGCUGGAGAAAGCGGGACCUUUGACCAAACCGAAGGAGAACCUGCUUUAGGGAAGCGGGACCUUUGACCAGGUCAAAGAGGGGCUCGAAGUAAAUGAGAACUUUUGGCACCCCGACGAGGGCCCCCGGCACCCUAUCCCAUCCCGCACUCCUUACUCAAAGGAGGGCAGGAAGCAAAACAGCAGCUGGAGUAACGUGGAACCUUUGCAAAAAGAAGCUUGAGAAAAAGAUAAAUGUAAGAAAAGGGUAAGAAGUUUGGGAUCGGGUUGUAAGAACUCUCAUCAGUUAGGGAAAGAAUAUCUAACUGCCUUCCCCAUAUCAUCGUCUGUGGUCAGCAGAAAGCAGUUUAGAACUGACGUAGGGCGGCGCCUGUGGCUCAGUGAGUAGGGCGCCGGCCCCAUAUACCGAGGGUGGUGGGUUCAAACCCGGCCCCGGCCAAACUGCAAUAAAAAAAUAGCCGGGCGUUGUGGCAG